AUGGGGAACUACAUCUCCUGCACGCUUGCCAAUUCAGCAGGAAGACAGUCAAGAGGUGCAAAGGUGAUCCUACCAAGUGGCGAAAUCCGGCAACUUGACGGUCAUGUCAAGGCAGCGGAACUUAUGUUCGAGAUACCCAAUUACUUUUUGGUGAAUUCCCGAUCACUGCAAAUAGGACGGAGGUUCUCUGCACUUAGCGCCGUUGAAGAUUUAGAAAUGGGUAACGUCUAUAUUAUGUUUCCAAUGAAGAGAGUCAAUUCCGUUAUCAAAGCAGCCGACAUGGGAGCCUUGUUUAUGAGUGCGAACAGGGCUGCCAAUCGGGCUUCCAGUGCUGGGGCAGUGUGCAUCGUGUCUGAGGCCGGCAACGGAAAUGCGCAGGUCACGCCGGUGCCGGCCGUUGACGGUUUGAGGGAAGGCGAAACACCAUUGCCGAGACUGAAAUUAGAUGACGUCGAAGAAUUUUCGACCCCCGAGUUUAAGCAUAGGCGGUCGAUGUGUAAGUCGAGGAAACCAUUGUUAGAGACCAUAAUGGAGGAGCCAAUUUCUUCAAGAUGA